UGGCCUGGCGCGUGUUGACAGAACUGCAGGUGACACGUGGAGGCGGCCGCGUGGAGAGGACAAUUUAUUAGUGCAAGUAAAGCAGAAAUAUUAAAUAUACAAGAGCAUCACCCUCUAUACAAUGAACAAAGCACCAUCUACGCGGGAAAAAGCGUCACAUUGUGAAUAAUCGCAAUCGUGAUCAACAUCGAGUCUAGCUCGCGAAAAUAUAACAAGUGACUGUUUAGCAUAUCCCAUCAGAACAUUCAGAACCGGCGCGGUGGAAGAGGUUGCCUUUUGCGAGAAUGCCUCAAAUCAUGGCAGAGGCAUUCGCGAGAGGACUGCUAGACAAGAUAAUGAUAGAAGUUCUGGACGUUAUAGAUCGCGAUGCAGAGGAUGGAAAAUCCUGGGAACAGCACGUCAAUGAGGAAACAGGCGGAAUAUCGGAAUAUGCUCAUUCGGAAUAUGUAUACGGUAGACAACAAGCAAACGAACGUACGCACGUGAAUUACAGCAAGGAUGAAGAGAUAGACUUGAUCGCAAAGAUAGUGCGCGAUUUGCGUGACAUACGGAUCGGAGAUUCGCGCUAUGUACUUCCACCUUCAUUGUUAGCGUUGGAAAAACAGGUGAAAUGCACCGCAUGCAACGACGACGCGCCGCUCACGAAUCCGACAACCGACGUUGCCGAAACUCAGCGCACGACCCGAGGUCAAGGUGACACGCACCAGAUUGUACACGCGGCGAUCUUCGAGCCACCGACCGAACUGACGGAGUCGGUGAAAAUGGUACGGAAGAAGAAAGAAGGCGAAGUGGCCAACGAGGCUACCAACGUGUCCGUCGGCCUGUUACAGCAGCUGAUCGAAGAUCUGGAGAACAAGGCGGUCUCAGCCUGCUCCGAAAACGAUGCUCCUUUAGAGUCGAUCAGCAAGGAACACGUUGCCGUUUGCGAGGAGAAAGAAGAGCAAUUCAUUAGGACUAUCGAGAGCAAUCCUGGCGACACACACGAGAUGACAAUGAAGACUCUUCGAGGUAGCGAAUCAAUCGGGCGCUUCCGCGUCAUCGAACUGAAGCACGACGAAGAACUGAGGUCUCACUCGAGUCACCACGUUGCGUCCACCUCGAGGGAAGUCGCCCUCGAGGAAGUUCAGAUUGAGAAACGCGGUUCAAACUCGUUAUCGUCGUUGAAACUGUCGCGCGACGACGGCAUCACGACCGCGGAUCAGAUACUACCCAUCAACGACGCGGAGAAGCGAAAAACAUUCAACGAAGCGACAGCAAAGAAGAAGAAGAGAGGCUUUGGCAGCCGAUUGAGGAAACUCUUCCGCGCCGCCUUCGGUCGCCGAAAGAAUUGAUGCUGUGAGUUCCAGAAGGAAUGCUAUCUCGCAAUAUAUAUGUUAAACGGCGACGAUUCCCGUUCGCUCAUGCAGCAGCUUUUUAGUCAUGUAUUUUUUAGACAGAAACCACGUCCACGAAUAUACAGCGAGUAAAAAUAAACUGGCCGCGGGCGAUCCCCGCAACUUCAGCAUUCAAUACAAUUUCGGUGCGACGCGUGAAUCAGACUCUCUAUAUACAUUCCUAGAUAGUAUUUGCAAGCGUUGUACACGAACCCGCAAAAUUCUGUAAAAUAUAUAACGUCUGAUGAUCUCACACAAUUCGUCUCACGUUCUUGACAACGGUUAGCUUAAGCGAUUUAGUUUAGAAAUCGAUAGCCGUAUAGAAGCUGACUCGCGGCGCCGAAGGCCGAGAGUAUAUUUUUGCCCGAUGCGUCUAUCGGCCGCUGCAGAUCUGGCAAUCUGACAUAGGAAUGUCGUUGUCGACGUCGACGUCGAAACCCCAUUUUACCGCGGCAGGAAGAGACAUUCGCCGACUCUCGCCUCCUCGUCGCUUCUCGAACUGUUUUUGGCGCGCGGCGUUGCCAUGCCCCGUC